AUGAAGUCUCAUAAUUCCAGUUCUAACACCCUUGUUGAGAUAAUAGAGGCCACGCCAGCAACAUUAGCGGUGGUGCACAAGGCGGGUCAUAUUAACAAGAGAAGUUGUUCAAAGAAUAAGGCUGCCCUGAAAAAUCAGGGCAAGGCUGUUGUGAAAGAAGGAGGCGGCAGAGGGGAUCAAUUGGAUCAUCAUGUUCAUAUAUGGACGGAGAGGGAAAGGAGGAAGAGGAUGAGGACCAUGUUCACCAAUCUUCAGUCCUUGCUCCCUCAACUCCCUUCCAAGGUGGACAAGUCGAGCAUUAUAGAUGAGGCAAUAAGCUACAUCAAGACCCUUCACCAAACUCUGCAAUCACUAGAGAAGCAGAAGCUCGAAAAACUCCAAGGAUUCACCAAUCUCGACGGCGAGCAGUCUGCAGUUUCAGUGAUCACAACAUCCCGAGCAGCAACACCACCGCAUCUACCAUCGACAGCAGCUGAUCACCAUUCAUGCACAAGGGAAGCAUUCUUGGCUUCUCAGGGACCGUCAAAGUCGUUCCUCUCGUCGAUCACUACUACUACUCUAUCUCCAAUAACCUUAGGGUUUGAGACGUGGUUUUCUCCCAACGUGGUGCUGAACAUGUGCGGAGAAGAUGCCCAAAUCUGCGUGUGUUCGAUAAAGAAGCAAGGCUUGCUUGUUAACAUCUUGCAUAUACUGGAGAAGCAUAACUUGGAUGUUGUCUCUGCUCAUAUCUCCUCUGACCACCAUCGUUGCACCUACAUGAUUCAUGCCCAUGCAAGUGCACGUUGUAGGCAAUUUCCAGAGUCAUUGUCGCUGGAAGAUACAUUCAAGCUAGCGGCUGGGGAGAUGAACUUAUGGUUGUUGUCAUGUUGA